CUCUCUUGUGAUCCCAGCUUAUUUGAGAACCCUGCUGAAAUGGUUCAAGCAAUACGACUACAAAAACAUAUGCCUCUGGGCUGGGCCUUUGCCAUAUAUCAUGUUUGUGGAAAACAAAUAUGUGGAGCAUAUAUUGAGCAGCACUGCUCUGACCUACAAGUAUGAGCCGUACAACUUGCUCUAUCCGUGGCUGGGCAGUGGCCUGCUCACUGGCAAUGGCCAUCAGUGGGCGGUGCGGCGGAAGCUGAUUACGCCCUCCUUUCACUUUCGCAUACUGAGGGACUUUCUGCACAUUAUGAACGAGACGAGCGGCCGUUUCAUGAAGCUGCUGGAGCAUGAGUCGCAGGCCGCUCAGGGCGCUGCGUUCGAUGUGCAGGCGCUGGUCACCCGGAACACAAUUGAUGUCAUUUGUGAGACGGCAAUGGGCACUCGUGUGAACAGCAUUGAGGGACGACCAUCGCCGAUUGUGGGCGCCAUCGACAGCCUCUGUCACAUCGUCUCCGAGCGCGUCUUCUCGCUGUUCAAGCGCUCCGACAGCUUCUUCAGGUGCACCAGGCUAUACAAGCAACAGCAGCAGGCAUUGACGACGCUGCGCACUGAGUUCGCUCAGAUCAUUGAGCAACGUCGUCGACUGAUUCAAACAGCCAGCUUUGAGGCCCCACAGCUGGACGACGAGCUGCUGGACGCCAAACGACCCAAAAUGGCAUUCCUCGACAAUCUUCUGACUGCCGAGGUGGAUGGUAAGCCGCUGACCUUUGAGGAAAUAUUUGAGGAGGUAUCCACGUUCAUGUUUGAGGGCCAUGAUACAACUGCUUCGGCCAUCACGUUUGCCAUCUGGUGCCUGGCCUGGUCGCCCGAUGCGCAGCAGCGAGCCUAUGAGGAGCAGGCGCUUAUGUACGCCACUGCAGAUGGACGAGAGCGUGAUCCCACCCACCAGGAGCUGCAGGACAUGAAGUACUUGGAUCUGGUCAUCAAGGAAACAUUACGCUUGUUUCCCAGUGUCCCGUUCAUCUUUCGCACAAUGCGCGAAGCAACAACAAUAUGUGAGUGUGGACAAGCACCUGCCCAAGGACACGACGAUUGGGCUGCCUAUUCUAGCCAUUGGCCAUAGUCCGCACAGCUUCAAGGCGCCCUACGAGUUUCGCCCGGAACGCUUUGAGGCAGCUGAGCGAACAAAGGCGAAUGCCUUCGACACUGUGCCCUUC